AUGUAUUGUCUAACCCUUCCCAGUAUCGUUUUCUUUCUCGCGAUCCCGGCCAUUUAUGCAUCGAACAUUGCUCAUGGCGCGGAAACAAGACGACUUCCGAAUGCACCAGCUAGAGUAACGGAUGCGCCAUUGGGGGUCAUUGAACCGUUGGAAUUGCUCCUCGGACAUGGCUCUGGACUGAAACCACGAGCAGAAACAGAAGACUUCGCAAUCGCCGUUACUAUCGCGCCCGAUGAGACUUGCGGCUACAUCAAUGGCGACGAAGAUUCACCAGUAACAUGUCCCAGCAGUACCCUAUGUUCUUGGGCUGUGUUUAGUGGUUCUGGAGUUGUUGGAUGUGGGGCAGAGAUUUAUAUCACCUGCAUCGAGUCUUCAAAGGCAGUUAAUUCGACGCGAUGUGACGACGUCUGUCGGAGCAAUACAUUCAACCUUCUUUGGCCCUUCUGCCGCACGUACGUCUACCCCAGUGGAAUUUUCGACUACAGCUGUGCAUCAACCGCAGUUGAGGAACUCGAGCAUGUUGAAUUCACGUUUGAAGGACAGAAAAACCCGAGUCUUAGCACAGUGACUCUGACUGAUGGAGCAUCAGAAGGAUUGGGAGAGCCAGUCACAGUAACUGUCCAAGGCAAAGCUACCGGAAGUCCAAGUGCUGUGACCGUCUACAUGAUACCCCAGCCGCCCAGUCAGUCAACGACCUCUUCCGAAACAUCCACCUCCAGCAAGAAGUCUACUCCUGUCGGUCCCAUCGUUGGCGGUGUCAUAGGUGGUGUAGCCGUUCUUGGGUUGAUCGGACUUGGCGCUUUUUGUUUACUCCAACGCCGGAGAAGGGGCCUCCCGAUGAACCAGAAUCAAUACCCACAUCAUCCUCAGCAACACGGGACUGUGUCAGCCUACACCGAUGCUAACAUGGUCUACUCUCCGCCGCAAGAUACACGUUUGUCAAUGAUGACAGGGCCGGCUUCUCCCAGUGGGCAAAAUGCACGUGAAGGAGGGGCUCAAGUAUCUCCUCCAACCGUCCACAGCCCUGCUCCGGCUUAUGAAAUGGCGGGAAGCGACACUCGUGAGCCUGAGCCAGUCUAUGAGUUGGGUGUUGAUUCAUCAGAGAGGAAGUAG